AUGUCGAUCGAUCUCAACUGGGAGACCCUCACCACCGGCCCAGAUGGCGAGGCGCUGGCCCACAGCAUUCGUGACUUUAUCCACACCAAGUUCCAGUCUGUCCCGUUACCUCGCUUCAUCAAGUCUGUGACAGUCCACCACUUCGAGUUCGGAACCACGCCGCCCGAGCUCGAGCUCAAGGACAUCACAGACCCGCUCCCCGACUUCUACGAGGAGAACCUCGCGGCCGACGACGAGGACUCCGCCUCCGAGGAUGAGCAUGACGGGCAGCACUUCGACCACGGCCUCGGAGGUGAGGGCACGGGCGUCCCUGAGGAGCUCAUGUUGGCGUCUGAGAAGCGGCGGAGGAACGGCCAGCAGGCGAGGCUGACGGCGAUACCCCCGCAUAUCAGCACCGCAGGCAUAGCUGGGUCGCCGGUUCGGGGCGGGCCCCUGGCGCCGAUGCAGGACUUGGGAAGUCCGUUCCUGGGCACUUCGACACCAGGCAUACCGGGCGGGACCUCGAAUCUCAGCUACUUCCACUCGCACCUCAUGGGUGGGCCCUCCGGCACCCAGACGCCCCUGGCUGCGGUCGCGGGUGCCCAUCUCGGCAACAAUAAUCACCACCAUAAUCACCGCUGGACGCCCGAGGCGGGCGGCACUAGUCCCCUGUCUACGAUGAAUUCAGCAACAUUUCCAGAGACGAUGAGUAGACAGCGCUCAUUGGACGGCCGUGCCUCGAGCCACAGCAGGAACCCCAGCCAGAGCUCGGGCUCCGGGGCCGACUCUCACAACACCAUCAGUGGCCUCACUCCAUUACACCCGAGCAGUACGGCCCUGCGAGAGAAGUCGAGCGUGUCUACUUUCGCGCCCACUUCCUCCGCAGGGACUUCAAGGCCGCCCACGCGGGAUAACACGAACGCAUCCACCUCCAUGCUCGCCGGCUCGGCAAUCACAGAGGAUGAGGAACAACAGGACGAACAGUACCAGAAGGACCAGCGUCGGUACCGCGAACCGAGGACCGAGGACAUCCAGGCCGUCUUCCGGAUCAAGUACUCUGGCGACGUGAAGCUGUUGCUCACCGCGGACAUCCUUCUCGACUACCCAAUGCCAAGUUUCGUGGGCAUCCCCCUACGGCUGAGCAUCACGGGCCUGUCGUUCGACGGGGUUGGGGUUGUCGCCCACAUCAGGAAGCGGGUGCACUUUUGUUUUCUGAGCCCCGAGGACGCGCUGGCGGCUGUUGGAAGCGACGGCACCGGGCCGGCUGAAGAUCCGCCCGAAGGUGCCGGCCCGUCCAGCAUUCGGCCAGGUAAGAUGGGCGGCUUGCUCCAAGAGAUCAGGGUUGAAAGUGAAAUCGGGCAGAGGGAAGGGGGCAAGCAAAGCCUCAAGAACGUGGGCAAGGUGGAGCGCUUCGUGCUGGAGCAGGUGCGACGCAUAUUCGAGGAGGAAUUUGUCUACCCCAGUUUCUGGACGUUCCUCGUAUAG